UAAUUUUCCGCUUUCAUAAGGAUGCUAUAUACGUGGAAUUCAAUCCUUUAAAACCAACCAUUCUUCUAGCUUACUCCAACACUCAAGAACCUCUCUCUACCCUGUUCCACUCUUCCAACACAAAAACUAGACUAAAACAAACACACAAACAAAAACAAAAAUGGAAAAUCCCAUGGAAAUGUUUGAUGUAAUAGUAAUUGGAGCAGGUAUAAUGGGUAGCUGCACAGCCUAUGAAACAUCAAAACGUAACCAAAAAACACUUCUUUUAGAACAAUUCGAUUUCUUGCACCAUCGUGGUUCUUCCCAUGGUGAAUCAAGAACCAUACGUGCCACUUACCCCGAACACUACUACUCGAAAAUGGCCUUAAAAUCCGAAACCCUUUGGAGAGAAGCUGAAGAAGAAAUAGGCUACAAAGUCUAUUUCAAGACUUCACAAUUUGAUCUGGGACCUAAAGAUAAAAAGGCUCUUCAAGCAGUUAUAUCAAGUUGUGAGAAAAACUCGAUAAGUUUUCGUGUUGUUGAUCAAAUCAGUGUUCUUGAAGAAUUUGGUGGAUUGAUUAACUUGCCUGAGAAUUGGAUUGGUGUUGUUAAUGAGUAUGGUGGUGUUGUAAAGCCAACAAAAGCUGUGUCCAUGUUUCAAACACUUGCUCUGAAAAAUGGAGCUUUCUUGAAAGAUAACAUGGAAGUAGUUGAAAUCAAGAAAGAUGGAGGGGGUGUUUUGGUUAGUGUGAAAAGUGGAGAGGUGUUUUGGGGUAAAAAAUGUGUGGUGACAGUUGGUCCAUGGAUGAAAAAGUUGGUUAAAAGUGUAACAGGAGUUGUACUUCCAAUUCAACCUUUGGAGACAACUGUUUUUUAUUGGAAGAUUAAAGAAGGGUUUGAGUCAAAGUUCACUAUUGAGAAUGGUUUUCCAACUUUUGCGAGUUACGGUGAGCCGUACAUAUACGGAACACCGUCACUCGAGUUUCCGGGAUUGAUUAAAAUCCCGAUGCACAGUGGGCGCCCAUGCGAGCCGGUUGACCGGACCUGGGCGCCCACCCUUCCCCUGGAUCCGCUGAAGCAGUGGAUCCAGGAGAAGUUCGGAGGGCUCGUGGACUCCACGAAGCCGGUCAUGACGCAGUCGUGUAUGUAUUCUGUGACCUCGGAUGAGGAUUAUGUGAUUGAUUUUCUUGGUGGGGAGUUUGGGAAGGAUGUGGUGAUUGGUGGUGGAUUUUCAGGGCAUGGGUUCAAAAUGGGACCUAUUGUGGGGAAAAUAUUAGCUGAUCUUGUUAUGGAAGGAGAAGCAAAAGAUGAGGAGUUGAUGCACUUUAGAAUUGAGAGAUUUGAGAAAAAUCCUAAAGGAAAUUUGAAGAACUUUGAUGAUCAAUUGAGUUCAGCUCAUUCACUGUCUUAAGCGAAACAUAUCAUAACUUCUUCGUCUUUUCCAUUGGUAUUGUGCAAUUGUAACUAUGUGGUAUCUUAUCAACAACUUGUUGAGAUGGUUGUUACUUAUUAUCGUUUCAUAAGGUAUUGUAUUGUACUAUUGUUUUAUACCCUUUCAAUGAAUAUGGCAUUUGGAUA